GAGUAUCAUGGCGCUGUGAUGGCAAGUAAUGUUAGAUCACGUUUAACUUGAUGACAAGCUUAAAUUCACACUACGUUUUGUGUCAGGUUUUAUGUCAGUAAUACAAUGUCCGCUAAGGUUAGAAAGUUGAGAUAGGUAGACCUUGGAAGGCCACCAGUGAACCAUUUAUAAAAAAUUCUAUUACCGGGUAAUGAAUAAGACCGGGACUGUAGCUAGCUGUAGUAGCAUACUGCAUUGUAGAGGUUGAGUUAUUAUUUAAUAAGCACUGAUUUUAUGAUUUAUAAGCUGCGCUGGAUAUCAGCAUACUAUAGCUAUUUGUAAUCGCUGGCCACCUCUGUAUAACCUAAGUUUUGAUUAAACAGAGGCGGAUAGACAGCAAACAAUGCUGCUCAUACCGGUCUUGUAAGCGGCGAUGACACUGAUAGUUGCCUGUUUACCCCGAUGACAAUCUGGCUGCUGUGCCCUGCUGGUUUAUCCAUACCCGGCUGUGUGUUUGCAGACAAUGAGUUGAUUAGUUGUUGUUAGCUUGCUAGCUGAAUAGGAUGAAGAACCGUUAUGGAUUUCCGUUGUGUGCGAUUUGGAUCGCGCUGUCGCUGGUAGAAGGUGCGCCGCUGCCCCGUUCAUAUGCAGAGGCGGCAGCAGGCGAGGUCUGCCUGCUGGUGACUCUGUCCCUCUGUGUGCUGGCAGCUCUCGUGGUUCUGCUAGUCAACUGCGUUACCUGCUGUAAACGCCAGGGAAUUGACUUUAAGGAAUUUGAAGACAACUUUGACGAUGAACUAGAUUUCAGCCCUCCUGCUGAUGAUAACCCGUCUACGCACCCUAGCUCUGAGGUUUACACCUUGGCUGUGCCCCCAGUAUCCCUGCCGGCGCCCCCACACCUCCAGCCUCCCCUAAUUACUGAGGACCUUGCGGCCGUGCAGGUGGCCCGGCACAGUCUGAGCUACAUCCAGGAAAUCGGCUCUGGAUGGUUUGGAAAGGUUCUUCUCGGGGAGCUUUGUGCAGAGCCUGUGGCCAUCAGGCUCGUGGUGAAGGAGCUGAAGGCAAGUGCCGGGGUGAAGGAGCAGGAUGACUUCCUACAGCACGCGGACCCGUACCGAGUCCUGCAGCAUCCUAACAUCUUAUGGUGCCUGGGCCAGUGUGUGGAGACCAUCCCAUUCUUGUUGGUCUUUGAGUGCUGUGAGCUGGGUGACCUGAGGAGCUACCUGAGUCGGCAGGAGUGUGUGCUGACGAGCAGUGACGUGCUGCAGAGGAUGGCAUGUGAGGUCGCCGCCGGGGCUGCACACCUGCACAAGAACAACUUCCUGCACAGUGACCUGGCCCUGCGGAACUGCUUCAUAACCACAGAUCUGACGGUCAAAAUCGGGGACUAUGGAAUAGGCCCCACAAAGUACAAGGAGGACUAUAUCACUACUGAAGAGGAGUCUGCAAUCCCCCUGCGCUGGAUGGCCCCAGAGCUGCUUUCGGAGCUGCAUGGCACUGUGCUUACGGAGAAGCAAACCAAGGCGGGCAACGUGUGGGCCCUGGGGGUGACGCUGUGGGAGCUGCUGGAGCGGGCCGCUCGGCCCUACGCACACCUGCCCGACAGAGACGUGCUAAUCCACGUGAUACAGGAACAGCAGAUUAAACUCUGCAAGCCACACCUGGAGCUGCCAUACUCUGACAGAUGGUAUGAGGUGCUGCAAUUUUGCUGGCUCCCACCAGCUAGAAGGGCCACAGCAGAGGAGGUGCAUCGCAUGCUGACAUAUCUCCGCAUGCAGGGUCAGCGGGAAACCGAGGAAGACUUCGAGCAGCGCUGGAGUGCCCUCAAGCCCAACUCCUACAACCGGCAAGCUCCCGCGAGCCAAUCAUCCUUCCCCAUCCUCAGACAGUUUGCCAACGGGGGAGGGGAGGAGCUGCUCACAGUGACGGAGACCAGCCGAGGCCUCAACUUUGAGUAUGUGUGGGAGGCAGCCAAUCAUGACCAUUACAGUCAUGAUCGCAGGGUCGUGGACACCACCCUCAACUACCACAAUAUGUUCUUCCCAGUCUUGCAUUUAAGCCCGCUGCUCUCAUCAAUGUCUGCUGCAGAAGUAGGGAGUCAUGGAACCUCUUCUGAGCUUACCAGCAUUGGUGCCAAUGUGCAUGAAACACCAGACACUCAGAAGCAGCCCUACAUACAGCUGGAGAAGCCGGGGAUGCACAAGUUUCAGGUAGAUGACAGCUCUGUUGCUCUAGACACUUGUGAAAACUUGGAACUGGCUCCAAACGAGAAGCAACAUCUGGUCUUGCAGAGUAGUCUCUUGGGUGACACUAGCAUUGACCAUGAUUUUUUUGGUACCAGUAUCGACUCUAAGGAUUCCAAUCUGCAGGUGAGCCAGGAAUGGUCAUCCAGUGACCCAGAAAGCCCCUAUAAUGCAAACAUGUUCCAUGGGACUAGUUCCAAACUCAGAGACACGGCUUCCUGGAAUAAGGGUAGUCCCGAGCUGCGAAAUCUUAAUGCCAAAACCUGGGCUUCUUUAGACGGCACCGAUCAGAGGAAAGUGGAUAGUAGUUCAUUUUUAGGAGACGAUCAGCAGACGUUUUGCUCUAAGAACGUAAAUGAGGAUUCAGAUUUGAUACAUCUUACUGAAGACCCACCUAUAGAUAAUUAUUUUGUUCUCCAUGAGAAGUGUCUGAUGAAGCACAAGCAGUGUUCAUCAGUAGAACAUGGGGAUCCGGAUCAAGACAUUUCAGGGGCUGGUAUUCCUGAAAAUAUAAUCCACGGUAGUGCUGAAAUGGGUUCAGGUGAAGAUAGUAAGAUUGCAUGCUUUUUAGAAUCUCCUGAGAGAAUUCUUUCUCCAAAGGAUAAACUUUUGAACUUUCUAAAUCAGGAUUUAAAAGAUUUAGCAAAAACUGAGUCACUGGUGCCUUCAAGUACACUGGCUACUGGAGAAACCUUUCAAGACCAGCUACAGUUCAACAUUUGCUCUUCCAGUGAUCCGUUGUAUUCCUCAGAAUCCGGCAUUGGCUUUACCCUUGACUCUACGUCUACCUCUGCUCUACCUGAUCUGGCUGAAACUUCUGAGGUCCAUCUACGUGCCUCUGACCUUGGGCAGUCAGCUGUAUUCUGUCAGGAUGUCAUUAAUAACAUUACGAUCACAGCUGCCAAGAAAUUGAGCCUGGUAGGAAGUAGUGUAGCAUCUCCAGGAGAUGUGUGCUCAGCAGACACCAAACACUCUGCAAAGUGUAACCUCAUUUCACCUCCUUCGCGAGGUUCAGAAAGGGUGUUGUGCAGUGAUCAUGAAGUAGGGUGCACUAACUAUUUAACGGGCAGUGCAAUUAGGAAAAUUUCAAACAGUUUACAUAACGUAGCAUCUGAACUGCCGCACGCUAAAGACUGCAGCAUGAUCGAGCCUUUGCAGAAGUUUGAUAAAAAUAACUCGCCUCUUGACAAACCUUCACUACAAAUUUCUCCACCAUGUUUGGACCAGACAAACCAAGAUAGUCUUCUUGACAACCAUAUUCCAGCCAUUUUGAGGACUUUCUUUGGUGGACAUUCUUUGGUGACUCCAGACUCCAUGGAUUCUCUGAAUAUGCACAUUCUACUGGAUACAACCAAGGUGCUCAACAUCACGGCCUCUGAGAAACCUCAGCCUGCUUACAAAACGGCUGACAGUGGUUAUGAAACGGAGAAUGUGGAAUCUCCAGAAUGGAGUUCCCAGCCCACCGUUCAAGAUAGCCCUGCUGAAGGAAGCCCUGUGAUAGGUUUGCAGCCUUCCCCAGAUGUUUUAAUGUCAGCGGCAGACAGGAUGCUGGACGCUUUGCAAGAUAGAGGAGAAGCCUUCAUUGAAAAGGCUCCAGCUGAAGCUGAGCAUGAGCUCCAGCGCAGUGGCCAGCAGAGCUACCGUGAUUCUGCUUACUUCUCAGAUAAUGACUCUGAACCUGACAGGUUGCUCAGUGACUCCAUUGUUCCAUCACGCACUUCUGCUGGAGCAACUGACACCUGUACUGGAAAAACUCCUCUUCUUGAGAAAGUUGUUGAGAUGGAGGAGCAGCAGUUCCACACUAAUGUUCAGAUGGAUGCUUCAGAAGCUGCUGUCUUACAGACUAACUCCUUGCUUAUCCAAAGCGAAAAUGAGACGGACCUUGUCACAACAGAUGACUGGAAGGGUGAUUCAUUUGUGUGUUUUUAUGAUGAAAAAUUAGCAGACGAAGCAGCUUGUUUGUACAAAUACACAUCACAGUCUGAGCAGCCUAAAAAUGCCACAUCUUUCCUGUUGGCUGUGAACUCAAGGUUGGAUAAUGUGGGAGAUGCACCCAGGCUGAAGGAACCUGAUAUUGAGGGAAGAUACUUGGGUAAGCUGGACAGCCUGUCAGUGGUGAGUGGGCUGGAGGACAAUGCCGAUGCUGAUGAGGAGGAUGAGAACAGUGAUGACUCGGACGAUGGAAACGCACACGUCUUCCAGCAAUCUGCGUCCAGCUCUGACAGCGAGGAUGAUGCUGGUCACAGGGUACCUGUCAUUGUCACUGAUGGCAGUGAGGCCUGCAACCUUAGAGGCCUCUUGAAGCCAACCUCAGCGAACACCCCCAGACCUUCACAGAUAGGAGGCUCAGAUGAUGGCCUUAGGACAAAGACCGUGUCCUUCUUUGAUGAUGUCACAGUUUACCUCUUUGACCAGGACACACCCACCAAGGAGCUUGGUGACCAUACGCCGGUAGCAGGCUCCACCCCGCAGCUUAGCACCCUAGGGUCCCUCUCCAGCUCUCUGAGCAGGCUCACCAGCUCUGAGAGUUCCACUGACGAAGAAGGUGGUGGCUUCGAAUGGGAUGAUGAUUUCACCUCGCCAGAGCCCGCCUUCCUUGCCAGGACAACCAAUCACCUCUUUGCAUCCAGAACAACUGCCUCAUCACUCUCCCGCUGCCUUUCCACUCCACCUCCCAGCCGUACUGGGGAGCAGAUCUGGACUCCGCCAUCUUCCUACUCUCGCUUCUCCGUGUCUCCCUCCAACAUGGCCAGAUUCUCCCUCACCCACUUCACGGACUCUGACAUGGAGCAAGAAGGGAGCAGUGAAGAUGGGGACAAGGAUUAAGUGCGGAGAAGUGGACCUCGAAAUUUACUGCAAGAUGUACAAUUUUGUACUUUAACAGCCAUCAUAUAGAUGCUGAUCUCUAGCAGUGCUGCUAUCCUGUACAGAGUGCUGUAACGACGUGUGUAGGGCCACUCACAGCAGUGCUCCUCUCUAUCCAUGUCUGUCAUGCCUGUGAGCACCAUGUCAUACCAGCUACUACAACUCAUAUCCUUUUAUUUUCUGUGACAAAGCAAACUGCCUGUUAGCUUUUAAUUGUCGUCCUCAGUAUUAGCAGUGCUGUCACUGUCGUCACAUUAGCGGUGACGUUAUUUCUGCCACAGUGAUUGAAAAUAUUAAAGAUAAUCUUUCUUUUUGGCCCUCAGUGCUAUUUGGAGAUGCGGUUAAAUUCGAUGCACACGGUACAUCUGUUUAAAACAAAUCUACUAAUAAGUCUAAUUUAUACAGGGCAAUCAACUUAUGAAGAGGGGUAUCAGCAGACAAUUUGGUUUCAAAGUUUUCCUUGCAAAUUACAGAUGUUUCUCAGAACAUCUUUUGGGUUGCUGGAAAGGCUUGGGUCUGUAGCUAGACCUUUCCUCAUCUUCUUUUGCAUUGCAGUUGCGUUGCAGUGCAAUGGUCGCUCCAUCUCUCAUGUUGACAGCAGUGAUUCAAGGUAGCAGAUGCGUAUAAAGGCAUGCAGGUGUCUACAUGGGUCACGCUCAUUUACACAGACUGCAAGAUUAGCCUCAGCAAGGACUGCCUCUCAAGGGGCUGAUUCUCUUUACUGGUGCCACUGAAGACAAACAUUAACAAGGGGAGCAAACUAGAUUUUGCAGAAAUCUGUGUUUUAUUUUUUGGAAUUAGCAACUUUUUCUACUCUUGCAGCAUUAAGAUGAUGUUGCCUGGUCCUCUCUGUUCAUUGUGUUGUGCGUGAAUGUAUUGUUUCAGAUGAAGAUGAGAAAGAGAUGAGGAGAUGCUGUCAUUUGUAAAGUUGCUCAUCACUCUUUGUGCCAUUGUACUUCACACGGACCCCUGUGUGGAUGACAGCGUUUCUCUGAAAUGCCACAAUACUGGAUCUUCUUGAUCCGACUGUCUAGAGUGUAAUGUGAAGUAGACAUGAGCAAGAAACGUUCAGUGUGAGACGCUUGAGUUUUUUUUUUUUUUUUUUGUGAAUGAAUUUUUAUAUAAACUCUGAAAACCACAUAAGCUGAGCAGCGACUGUAUGGACUUGCAAAGACGCUGCAAUAACUAGUAAAGUUCUCUGUCUGAUAUGAAGUGUUGAUGAUGUGUGACUGUUUUGCAAGCAGAGGUACGUGGUCUCCAUGGUACUUUUGCAAUUUGUUCCUCGAAAACCCUAUUAGAGAUUGAAAGUAUUUUUCAUUGAAUGUCUGAAACAGUUACAGUAUUUAUUUGAUAUUUGAAUGCAUCUGGGGGGAUAUAAUAGCCAGCAGAUUAUGAAUAUGGGCUAAUGACGAGACAGUGUCAAAGUGGAACAUUAAAGAUGAUUGGUCCUAAAAUAAUGUGAGCAGCUGUUUUUUUCAAACUUUGAAUAAUUUUUACCAUCCAAUCAUAAGGCAAUGUGAUUGGUCAUCAUCGUCAUUAACAAGCUUUAUUCUCCAUUUGUCCAGAUGAAGUAGAGAAUUAGUAACAGGGGGUCUGUUUGUCUUGGUUCUCAUAAUGGAAUUUAGAAUGGUUCCCAAAGAUUCAAGUGAAUGGUUCCGAAUCUCCAUUUUUUGUGCAUCACAAAUAAAUGCCUUUGUUAUGUUUUUUAUGUACAAAAGUUUGCAAUAAGAACAACCUGUGCUCCAGCCUGACUUGAAAAUUUAAGUUAUUCUGUAAAUAUUGCUUCACCUUGCACAUUUGAAGUGUAACUUAUUGUUAAAUUUUGCAAAUGUAAAUAAAUGUUAACGAUGUCUGUAAAUUGGGAGUGAUGUAAUGAAGUCUUAGGCAUUUUGUUUAAUGGGUAAGAAUACACAUUUCAGUAUAGUUAUUAAAUUGUGGUAGUAUCAGCUUACUCUAUCCCUGAAACUACAUUUAAUGAAGUGGUAUUUUUACUUCAUGUUGAUUCAUACACGUAAUUUAUUGAAAUUUAAGUACAAUAUGGUUAUUUAAUAUUAACAAUAAAUAAAAAAUGCCUUUUAUAUUCCA